UGGGGGGGAAGCUUCUGUCGAGGCUGAGAGAGACCGGGGCAGUGGAGGCGACUGCGGCGAGGGACAGACCAAGGGCAUUGUCAUGGUGAUGUCAGAGGAGGACAGCACAGUGAGGGUAGUGGUUCGAGUACGGCCCCCUACUCCAAAGGAACUAGAGAGCCACCGAAGGCCUGUGGUUCAGGUGGUGGAUUCAAGAGUGCUGGUGUUUGACCCCGAGGAGCCAGAUGGAGGUUUCCCUGGCUUGAAGUGGGGAGGCAGUAUCCAUGAUGGUUCCAAGAAAAAGGGUAAAGAUUUGAAGUUUGUCUUUGACCGGGUUUUUGCCGAGACAGCCACCCAACAGGAGGUUUUCCAGCACACCACCCACAGCAUCCUGGAUGGGGUCCUUCAGGGGUAUAACUGCUCAGUGUUUGCCUAUGGGGCCACAGGAGCAGGGAAGACCCACACCAUGCUGGGAGGAGAGGGGGACCCUGGCAUCAUGUACCUCACCAUGAUGGAGCUUUAUCAGCGUCUAGAAGCCCGCCGGCAGGAGAAACACUUCGAGGUUCUCAUCAGCUACCAGGAGGUGUACAAUGAGCAGAUCUUUGAUCUCCUAGAUCCCAAGGGUCCCCUAGCUAUCCGAGAGGACUCGGACAAGGGUGUUGUGGUUCAGGGACUCUCGUUCCAUCAGCCAACCUCAGCCAAACAGCUUCUGGAGAUGUUGACCAGAGGAAACCGGAAUCGUAAGCAGCACCCCACUGAUGCUAAUGCCACAUCUUCCCGCUCACACGCAGUCUUUCAGAUCUAUGUGAAGCAGCAGGACUGUGUGCCAGGACUGACCCAGACCAUGCAGGUUGCCAAGAUGAGCCUGAUUGAUCUGGCAGGCUCAGAGAGGGCAUCAAACACCCAUGCCAGUGGGGAGAGGCUCCGGGAGGGUGCCAACAUCAACCGCUCACUGCUGGCACUCAUCAACGUCCUCAAUGCUUUGGCAGAUGCAAAGGGCCGAAAGUCCCACGUGCCAUACCGAGACAGCAAGCUGACCCGUUUGCUAAAGGACUCGAUAGGAGGAAACUGCCGGACAGUGAUGAUCGCUGCUGUCAGUCCCUCAGCCUUGGCCUAUGAGGACACCUACAACACCCUCAAGUAUGCUGACCGUGCGAAGGAGAUCAAGCUCUCGCUCAAGAGCAAUGUGAUCAGCUUGAACUGUCACAUCAGCCAGUAUGCCACCAUCUGCCAACAGCUUCAGACUGAGGUGGCUGCCCUUCGGGAAAAGCUCCAGGUCUAUGAAGCAGGAGCAAGGACUGCCCCACAGGAGCUCUUGGAGCUGCCCAAGCCAUCCCUCUGCACUAGCCCUCGGCAGCCAGGCACCAGCCUUCCUGACUCUCCCUCACUGACCCAGCAUCCUGGUCAGUCCUCUCCAGAACUCUACUCAAACCCUGGCACUCCCCAAGAGGAGAAUAUGGAAACCCAGGUGGAGGAUCAAAAGGUGAUGAAGCCCCUCCUCAGUUCUCAAGCUCAGGAACCAUGGAAGGAAAGGGAGGAAAGCACCAUUAAAAAGGUACCGAAGCCUCCUGCCCUGGUCCCAGAGCCCAAACCAGGAUUGGGCAGCCUUAUUCUCCCAGAGGUGGACAAAGACAAGCCCAAGAGGCUGGCCCUGAUGGUGCUGCAUGUGGCCCAACGGCAAUAUUCUCUGCUCAGAGAAGCCAAUCUCCUGACACCAGACAUGGUCUUGGAGUUUGAGGCAGUGAAACGGCUGGUUCAGGAUGAGAACACAGUGUCAUGGGGGGAGGUAGCUAAUACUCCCAGCCCAGCCAGAGGGCUACCUCUGUCCCAGGAGCUAUCCCCAGAGUCAACAUCUCCAAUGUAUUCUGGCCCUACAACACGAGCCAUGGCAAGACGUCUGAGUGGGAUUUUGCCCAUGCUGGGACUCCCACCUUUUUCAACCCUCUCACCCCAGAGUUCUCAGGCUCCAAGGAAAAAGAAGAGGAGGAGAUCAGAUGAGUCAAGCUCACCUGAGCUGAACAACCACUCUUCCUCUAAACUGGGGGCCAAACGGCAAAGGAAGUCCUUGCCCCAUGCAGGGAAAGGUUCUCUGCCCCAGGCAAAGCCCUCCCCAGGACUCGGCACCCCUAAGAUGGAGGUCGCAUCUACCAUUCCCUUUCCUCACCUUUGCUCAGCUACUGUUGUCAAAAGCCAGGUGCCCCAGGCAGAGCCUUCCCCAGGACUCGGCACCCCUAAGAUGGAGGUUGCAUCCACUAUCCCCUUUCCCCACCUUUGCUCAGCUACUGUUGUCAAAAGCCGGGUGCCCCUGGGCCCAUCCUCUAUGCAGAACUGCUCUACUCCUCUCAGCCUACCUAGCCGAGACCUCAAUGCCACCUUUGACUUGUCUGAGGGGACCCUCUUGAAGCCCACUGCUUCUGAAUUCCUCAGCUGGGAGAAUGUUCCUGCUGCCUUGAACAAGAUGGAUAAACCUUUCAUCCCCAGGGGGCCCAUGCCAGUAUUCACCAUGAAGGGUCCCAAGCCAGCAUCUUCCCUUCAUGGUGGCUCUGCCCGCAAGAGGAGACGCCCUUUGAGGUCCUCAAACUCCUGUACAUUGGCUGCCCCCCGGGGCCAGAGUCGAAUUGCCAGACUCCACAGCAGCACUAUGAAAAAGCCAGGAGGUCCCCUUACUGUCUCAGAGCCCUCUUCCAGCCCCCGCUGGAUGGGCAGCCAGAGGAACAGAAAGGACGCAGUGCUGGGGUUUGGAGGAGCCCCACAGGCUGGUAUCCGGCCCAGCACAGGCAAAUCCAUCAUCAAGGGGUCCUGACAGUGGGAUGUGUCUCCUCUGCUUCUCACCUUGGCUCCUGCUCCAUGCUCGUCCUGGCAUUCUGUACUUCUUUAUCAACAGAAGAUCUAUUGACAAUUCAACUCCUUGUCUAGCACACCUUCCAAAUUAUCUCUACCUGAUUCCUUGACACUGCCUCUCUUCCUCUCCCAUGCUCUUAUUGUAAUCAGCUUAUCCUUCUAUUCACAUACAUGUAUUA